AUUCUGCUUGAUAUUUGCAUCUCCACUUGCCUGUCAAUAUGGCUGAGGCAGAAGUCUGUGUAGAUUGUCCACCCGACAACCAACAAACCGCUGCCCCUAUGCUAGUUCCUGAGCCGACUACAGUCGCGCAUAACCCUCUCGAUCCAUCCACUUUCGUUCCUCCCUCGUCUCCGAUAUCACCUAGCGUCACCAUUGAGUUCUGCGAUAGGUGCCGGUGGCUGCAUCGAGCAACAUGGGUAUCAACGGAACUUUUCCUCACGUUCCCCACUCCCGCGCUGAGGGUUAUCACUAUCAUGCCUCUCAAUUCAGAGGAGACAGCUGGACGAUUCCGUGUAUGGCUCUUCCUUGACGGCAAGCCCCCUGUUCUGGUGUGGGACAGGAAAGUGGAAGGCGGGUUUCCGGAACUCAAAGUUCUCAAGCAGCGCAUACGAGAUCACAUACAGCCUGGCAAGUCGCUAGGCCACUCCGAUAAGUGAAGCGAACGCCUCCCUGCCCCGUCACAUCUUCGUUGGUGGUCAAGCACGGCUCUGUGUACAAGCUGGUGGAUCAGAAAGUCUAUGUAUUGAUCGACUCACGCACUAUCUGUAUGUAUCAUCGGCUCUAUCGCAUCCAUCCGAGAUGUGAGAACGUAACGAUUGCUCGGAUGCCGAUU